CUUUAGAGAGCAAAGCGAACGAGGAAUGGCGCCGAGGCCGAGUCGCGUUCGCGAAAAGUGUUUGUUUCCCGAGUGAGGUCUUUGCACCUCGGAGGAGCUCUGCAGAGCGACUGAGUGCAGCUCUAAGCGAUAGCAACCUCUUGCUACCUCGCGUACCGGGAUCGUCUACUGCACAGCAAAGUGCAGGCCUCGGAUACACCGUUCAGCGAUGUUGCGAUCCACUCGCGAGCGAUGCCGGUAAACAGCUAGGCGAUCGCGCUUGCUGGGACCCGUCGGGUGCGUUUCGAUACGAGACGUGCUGUCAGCCUUUGCGGGAAGAACAGGAACCUACUAGUACGGCUUGCGAUUUCGAUCUAGAGUACUUUUUCGAUGCCGAGCUCUACUACGAACUGGUAUCUACCUCGGAUGCUCUGAAGAUAGACGCCGGUAGCAAUCCGGUAAGGUCUGAAGGAAGUCCAUCAGUCCAUCAUGUGCAAACCGGGGCGGCAUCGGCUACAUCAUUUUUAUUGAGUGGAGGAGUUACAAACGGAUUUCGAGUGCAGAG